AUGUUUGGUAAAUCCUUACUAAAACAACGUACAAUUUCAAGCAGCAAUUUUUCUCCCAAUUUUUCAUCAGGUGUUAGUUUCCGCUUAAUAGAAGCCCGACUUACAAAAAGUGUCGCCAUUAUAGGCUCAAUGAACAUCUACGCAAAAGUUUACUAUUCCAAUCAAAUUUGGGAAAGCUCAGUUUGCUCCAGCCUUGGGCUUCAUCCAAAAUGAGACGCUUCCUAUCAUUUUGACUAUUCAGACUCACACACCAUCCAAUUAAUUCUGUUCCAUAAAGCUUUUCUAUUAGGGGAUACUGAAAUUGGUCGGUGCACUAUAGAUCUUCAUGAUGUUUUACAAGGCCACUUAACUGAAUGAUGGGACCUGCUAUCCUUGACUAAUGAGACCACUGGGACUGUCUUGGUCAGUUUUAAUCUUGGGAAUUUGACAGUCCCAGAGGACAAAUUGUUGACAACUCACAGUUCGAAUUGUUCUUGAGAUAUCAGAGUCCCUGAAUUUGAAAUGGACUUUUCACCUAUACGUCCAAGUAGGCCUUCCCCAGACACCCGACGACAACUAAGUGAGCGGACGACAGAAAAGAAAAUGAUUCGUUUUAGCACAGAGCCAGAUGAAGUUUUAGAGGUCGAUGACAUUAAAUCAGACCUUAUGGAAGAAAAUGAAAGAUUGAGAAGACAAGAAGCCAAGGUAAGAAAAAUGUUUGAAAAGCUUAAAGACGAGUUUGUGAAGAUGAAAGAAGAUAAAGUUGGACUCAAAAAAUCUAUGUCUAAGAAGGUGAAUUAAUUUUUUUUUUAAAAAAUAUUUUUAUGGGGAUAUUUAAAAGGAAAAAGGAUAAAGAAAGUUUACAAAUUAGAGAAGAAUGCAUAGUCGCUGAAAAAACGUCAUUACAAGAAGAAAAAGAAAGGCUGGAGCGAGAAAAAGAAGAAAUCGAAAAACAAAAAGAAAUUUUGAACCGGGACUACUUAAAGCUGAAGCAGGAAAAAUAUAAAUUAAACGCAAAGAAAAAAGUGAUAGAAAAGACUGGAAAACAGCUGAGCUCAGCUUCAAAGCAGCUUGAAAAACAAAAAGACGUGAUGAAGAAAGGGACUUUGAGAAGUGUAAAUAGAGACCUAAACGAGCUUGAAGACCUUGAAGACAUCUCCAGAGAACUUGCUGGGUUUCCUGAAGACUCAACUGACUCCUAUUAA